AUGACGAUACCUGGUCCCUCUGAGCCAGCCAGCCUCAAAAUGGCCCCAUCGCCCAGCAUACCCAACGAGGUGAGCGGCGCCACGGCGGUCCCCGCUCCUCACAAGGCCGGGGACAUCACCAAACUCACCAGCCGAUCUGCCGUGGUGCAGGCACUCUCCGAACUGUCCACCUACUCUUCAUCCCUGGACGACGAGCUGGUCUCGCUUUUCGAAGAAUCUGAACCCGUUGUCGCCGAUGCUAGGCGAUCCAUCGCUGGCUUGGCGCCACAAGUUCAGCUGAUCCAGGAAGAGGCCGACGUGCUCGAUCGACGACUACAAAGCUCAGCUUCGGUGGCCAAGCGCAUCUCGGAACGUGUCCGCCUGUUGGACGAAGAACGGAAGCGCAUCGCACUCGCCACCGAAUGGGCGGUCCGCGUCGCGGAGCUCAAGUCGUCUCUGUCCUUACUCGCCUCUGCCGUCGAACAUCGAGACUGGGACAUGGCAACCAUGCACUGCCGUAGAGCACUCGCCAUCGAUCCCGCCAUUCGCUCCAGCCGAUUUGCAGCCGCCGUUGUCCCCUCCACCGACCUCCCCGAGCUACCAGAGACGACUUUGCUCGAGCUGCGAAAGACCAUGCUCACCGCGUUUACGGACGCCUUCAUCCGAUCUACCCAGAACAAGGACGAGAAGGAGGCGUCGCGCUUUUUCAAACUGUUUCCCCAAGUCGGAUGGAAGAAAGAGGGGCUGGAAGUGUAUAGCAGCUUUGCAAGGUCGAUGGUGCGCGAAAAGGGGCGCAGCAUCUCGGAUUCGCUCGGGUCUGGCAAAGCGCAGCAUCCGACCCACUUUGCUCUGCUGCUCACAUCGCUGUUCGAGCACCUGGCCAUGCUCAUCGACAUGCACCAGCCUGUAGUAGACAGGCACUACGGCGUGGGUAAUUUUGGUCACGGUGUGAUGCCGGGGUUGCAGGAGGAGUGCGAUCGGCUAGGCCACCGCAUCAUGGACUCGUGGCGGGAAGAUCGCAACGUGCGAAGACGGUUGGACGAAGUGCAGGCCUAUCGAUUCACCGGGGCGGUGGUGGCGAGCAAGACGCAGCAGUCGACGUUCAAGGCUUCCUUCGGAGUUCCCGGCAGGAGCUCAAGUCCCGCCGCGGGGUCGACGGCCAAUAGCUCGUUUGACGAGCCCUCAGGUCCAGACGGGCGCGAGGUCGAUCGCAUCCUGACAGAGCUCGCUGCCAUGUCAUCGAGGUGGGGGCUGUAUCGGCGUUUCUUGCAGAGUCGUUUGGCGUCAGAACAUGGUGCAGCAGAAGGUGUCAAAGGCACGCUCGAGGACGAACGCGCAGCACAGGCCGACGAGCCGCUCAAGGACUUUCGUCGCAAUUCUAUGGACCGACGCAGCUCCAUCGCCUCUAGUAUAAUUGCACGACACGACACGACCGUCGCUGACGACGCACUGCCCACCGAACCCGUCGACCACGCUGCCCUGUCCAAGCUGGGCCAAGAAGUGCUCGAGUCCAUGCAGACCAUCUACAUGCCCAUGGAAACCUGGUACCUCCGCAACUCGCUCGAAAAGGCCUUCCGCAUCGACCAGCCCGACACCACAUCGCGCCCCUACACCUCCUCCAUCCUCGACGACGCGUUCUACGUGAUCCGCACCGUCCUUGCCCGCAUCCUCUCCACGUCAUCGCUCACUAUCCUCAACGACAUGGCGCGCGCGGUCAAGGCCGCCGUGGAGCAGGACUACAUAGAGGUGAUUGUGCGCAAGAUGGAGACGCUCUGGCGCGGGAUCUCGGGGAGCAUGACCGUUGAGGGUCCACGCAAGGACGCGGCGAGUCGCGAGAUGCGCAUGGUGUUCAUCACGUAUUUGAAUGUGUUGGAUGUGAGUUCGACGUACAUGGCUCGUGUGUUGGUGGAAGUGGGGCACGAGGCGGCGCUGAUGAGACUGUUCGAGCCCGCGGAGAUGGACGGAGCGUCGGCGGCGAUCAGCGGGUUGUCGCAGUUAGUCAAUCGGUUCCGGUCGUCGUUGCGGACGGAGAUCGAGCAUCUGUUUACGCAGCUUACUGCGCCCAGGCUACGCGGGUUGCUGCUCGAGACGUAUCGCGAUGUCUCGUACGUCCUCGACGACGAUGCCUACUCGGACGCCGAGGCGCGCGACCUGGUGCGCCGCCGCUUCGUCAAGGCGUGGGAUCUCAUCUUCCACCACUUCCGCGGCCCGUUCACGGAAGCCAACUUCACCACGUACGUUGGCAUGGCCCUCGACGCGCUGCUCAAGCCCUGGGAAUCGCUGGUUAUGGGCAUGCGCUUCACCGAGCUCGGCGCGCUCAAGUUCGACAAGGACCUACGGGCGGUGAUGGCGUUCCUGUCGACGCAGACCGAGCUGCCGAUCAGAGACCGGUUCACGCGGCUGCAGCAGGUGAGCUACGUGCUCAACCUGGACAGUGCCGACGACGAGGGGGAUCUGUAUCAGAACGCGGUGGCCUCGGGCAUUUCCUGGAGGCUGUCCAUGAGCGAGGUCAAGACUGUACGCUCGUUGAGGUUGACUUGA